AUGGGAAUACUUCUCACUGUGGGAACAACUAUUCCAUUUGGCGGCGCCCCGUUAUCCUUCUUCGGCUUCAUUCUCAUGGCCCUGGUAGGAUUGAGCACAGCCACCAGUCUUGCUUUGCUUGCUUCCGCCAUUCCACAUCCUGGUGGGCAGUACGUUGGGUGGCCGGUUUGUCUCCAGCAUGGCCAUGCAGGUUCCUGUCGUAUUCAACAGCAAUCGCAAGCUGGGCUGGCGCGGUCUGCACAGGGGCAUCAGUCUGUCUGA